UCCAGAAAUCUUUUUCUCACGGCCCGCGCUUAAAAGGUGCGGUCUGUCUUCCCAUCGUGAGAACUUUCACACGCGUUUGUCUGGCAGCCGUCCGCAACUUACUCUCGCGAUGACAAGGAUCUCUCUCUCAUCCGCUCCCAUAAUAAGCGACCUGGAAAUCUCGCGUGACUUCAGAACUUUCCCACGCCUGUGCCACCCCCCCCCCACCUUCCUGCUUUAUUUCUCACAGUGCCCCUCCCCCUCGUCUAAAAGCAGUCUGUUGCAAUGUGGUGUGGAACGGGGGGAAAUCUCGCGAUUGUUGACGUUAUUAGAGAGAGUUGGUGAAGAUGGCGCCUGUUGUGACAGGGAAGUUUGGGGAGCUCCCUCAGCCAAAGCGUUUAACAAGAGAGGCGAUGCGCAACUACUUGAAGGAGAGAGGAGAUCAGACAGUGCUCAUACUGCAUGCAAAAGUCGCACAGAAAUCCUACGGCAAUGAAAAAAGAUUCUUCUGUCCUCCACCAUGUGUGUACCUUAUGGGUUGUGGCUGGAAGAAAAAAAAGGAACAGAUGGAGAGAGAGGGCUGCUCGGAGCAAGAGUCUCAGCCUUGUGCUUUCAUCGGCAUUGGAAACAGUGAACAAGAAAUGCAGCAGCUCAACUUGGAGGGCAAGAAUUUUUGCACAGCAAAAACUUUGUACAUUUCUGACUCGGACAAACGUAAGCACUUCAUGCUGUCAGUGAAAAUGUUUUACGGGAAUAGCGCAGAUAUCGGUGUCUUCCUCAGCAAACGAAUCAAGGUCAUCUCCAAACCUUCCAAAAAGAAGCAGUCAUUGAAGAAUGCAGACCUAUGCAUAGCUUCUGGGACGAAGGUGGCUCUCUUCAACCGCUUGCGGUCUCAGACUGUCAGUACGCGGUACCUUCACGUGGAAGGGGGAAACUUUCAUGCUAGUUCACAACAGUGGGGAGCCUUCUACAUUCACCUAUUGGAUGAUGAUGAGUCAGAGGGAGAAGAGUUUACAGUCAGAGACGGGUACAUCCAUUACGGUCAGACGGUGAAGCUGGUGUGCUCUGUGACAGGCAUGGCUCUACCCCGAUUGGUUAUUCGUAAAGUGGACAAGCAGACAGCACUAAUGGAUGCCGACGAUCCUGUGUCCCAACUACAUAAAUGUGCCUUCUACCUUAAAGAUACAGAGAGGAUGUACCUCUGCCUGUCACAGGAGAGGAUAAUUCAGUUCCAGGCCACACCCUGUCCCAAAGAAACAAACAAAGAAAUGAUCAACGAUGGGGCGUCAUGGACAAUCAUCAGCACAGACAAAGCAGAGUACACUUUCUAUGAGGGCAUGGGCCCUGUACCCUCACCUGUCACACCCGUGCCUGUUGUUGAGAGUUUACAGCUGAAUGGAGGAGGAGAUGUUGCCAUGCUGGAACUGACAGGACAGAACUUCACACCUAACCUCAGAGUCUGGUUUGGAGAUGUGGAGGCAGACACUAUGUACAGGUGUGGCGAAAGCGUGCUCUGCGUGGUUCCUGACAUCUCUGCGUUCCGUGAAGGGUGGCGUUGGGUUCGGCAGCCGGUGCAGGUUCCUGUGACUUUGGUCCGUAAUGACGGCAUCAUCUACUCCACGGCUUUGACAUUUACCUACACGCCGGAGCCGGGACCGCGUCCUCACUGCAGCGCUGCGGGAGCCAUACUGCGGGCCAACAGCAACUCCUCCACCUCACCAUCUUCAUCCUCCAGCUUACUGCUGCAGUCAGCUGUCGACAGCCAGGCGGGAUACGCAGCAGGGAGUGUGUCUUCAUCUUCCUCCUCUUCAGCUAUGUCCGUCUCCUAACCUGGGAAUCUUGGUGCGCGUUUGCGUGUGCGAGUAAGUGAACCUUUGUGAGAGAUGGUGAUUCAUCAGUUUGUAGACUUCCUGCGUAGGUUCAUGGGAUACUGAUCACAAAAACGGAUAAUGGUGCCACAGAGAGAGAAGCAAAGGAGAGACAAGACUUCACUCAAAGACUGGACAAAACAAAUGAAGGCAUCUCUUUUCUUUUCUCUCUCUUUGUUGCGGUUCUUGUUAAAUCUGUUUCCUCAUGUCAGAGGAAGUGGCAACAGAAGUGAUGUGUGCCGUGGAUCAAGAUGCCACAGGAUCAAUGCAUAGCCUUACAUGAAAACAAAAAAAACAAUCAGUCAAAAAAACAACACAAACAAACAAAAAAACAA